ACUGUCUUGUUUUCCUUGAAUUGAUUUUGUACCCGUAACCAUAGCUAUUGUUUGCUUUUGCUUAUUUGAUUGUAAAUAUGUUUUUUUUUAUACGAGUCGUCUAAAACUUUAUAAAGAUUUGAUUAAAUAUUUUUAAAAAUGCCUAGAGGUCCAUCUGAUUCAUCCUCCCAAAUUAAGACUAAAGUUAAGAAGACUGGUACCCCUAAAGUUGGACGAAAAGGCAAAGCAACAGAGUCUCCUAAAAAAGCAGCUGUAAAAAGGCUUGUUGUAAAGUCUCCUGUAAAAAAGCUUGUAAAAGCUCUUUCUACCCGAAAAAAUUUAAACAGUUCUGCAAAAUCUGAAAAAAAUAAUUUGUUGAAGCUUAAAAAGGAAAAUGCUUCAAAAAAAGUAAAGAAAAAGGAUACUACAAAGGAGAAGCCCAAAGUUAAAAAUGAUGCAAGUGAAGUGAAAAAUUUAACAAAAUCUGUAAAAAAGCAAGACAAAACUAUUAAACAAGAGAAAAAGACAAAUAGUGAGAAAAAUAAUUCAAAAAAGCUUGAGGCUAAUCAAGUUGUCAAACGGGGAAGGAAACGAAAAAUAGAUGAGACCAAGUCUAUUAACUCAUCUGAAAAAAGUAUACUCAACACUGCUGUAAAAGAGAAAGAGAUGAACAAAAAAAUUAAAGUUGGGAGUGAGCAAAGUGAGAAUUUGCACAGUGAAAAAGAGGAACUUAAUUCUUCAAAAUCUAGUGGUACUAGUAAAUUGAUCGUUGAACAAAGUCAAAAGUCUGGCAAAAGAGUUACACGCACGUUACAGAAAAGGGACACUAGUAAAUAUGAGGACCAACAGUUUUCAACUGAACUUUCAAAACAGAAAGCACAAAAGGAUACCGGUGAUAAACCUGGUAUGCGUAAAACUAGGUUAACUCGAGAAAAGGAUAAAGCUAGUGAGGAAAUUUUAGCUGAAUUAGCUGCAAUUAAGGCUGGUACAACUGCAAAAUCAAUUGAAAAUCUAAAUGAGAAUAAAAGUAUAGAAGAAUUUUCAAAUAAAAGUGGUUCCGAAAAAAAUAUUGUAACCCGUAAAACUCGACAAACGUUAAACAAAGGUGAAGAAAACAUUACUGUUGUACCACAGGAGACAAAAAUGAUUGAAACAAAAUCAACAGAAAAAAAAUCUGCUAUAAAGGUACCCGUGAUAAGAGAAUUUGAAAAAAAUUCCGCUGAAAAGCAGGGUGAGUCUAACAUUCGUAAUAACAGGUCUCUUAGGAGUACCUUGAGGAACUUAAAAGAAUCUGAUAAUGAAAAUAGUACUGAUAAUAUAUCAGUUUCUACAGAAAACACCACUGUUGUGCAAGGAGAAACAAAAUUAAAUGAAACUAAAUUGGAAGAACAAUCUGUUGCAAAAGUAUCUGUAAUAAAAGAGGCUGAAAAAAUAUUUACUGAACAGAAACCCACUGAACCCAGUGUACGGAAAAUCAGAUCCCUGAGACUUUUAAAAGCAUCUGAAAAUGAAGAUAGUUCAGAUAGUGCAUCGGCAUCUGAGUUUUCUGAAAACGAUUCUUCGUCUAACUUAGAAAUUAAACGAGAGUCCCGGAAAAGAAAAGAGUUAUUAAAACCAGUUGAAUCAAUUUUAUUAAAAAGUACAAAUGAUAGAAAGGUUGUGAAAAAUGAAACUGUUGAAGUUGAAAUGCAUGAAACCAUUCAAGCACCUAAUAGUUAUUAUAAUGAAUCUUCUAAGAAUAUCAGUGGUUGUAAAACCAGAUCAACUGCUAAGCAAAUCACGAACGAAGCCUGUAACUCAGAAAAUGAAACAUUUAUAGAUAAGGUCUCUUCAAGUCAAGACGUGAGCUCUAACAUUUCUGUUGAUUUAUCUGAAAGAAAUGAAUCUACUGCAGAAAAUGUUGAAAACAACAAUACUAAUUCUGCUAGCUUGGUCCAAGCGGAAUUAAAAGACUUUUCAGAUUCUGAUAGACUUAGUCAUAACCAAAUCUCAAGUGAUAAUUGUCAGGGGGUAUUACGUGAAAUUAGUUCUGAUCAAGCAGAUGCUCAUAUUCUAGAAAUAUCUGAACCUUCUGAUGCUAUCAAGAUUGAAACUGGUGUAAAAGAUACUAAAGAACUGUCAAGUGUGUUGUGUGAAAAACUAGAAACCGAUGCAUUAGAAAUAAUUCCAGCUGAAAUUAUCCUAAAUGAUACUUCAGAGAUGAACACUACAAAAACAUCAACUGAAACACAGAACACUAUUUCCUCAUGUGAAACAGAAAAAAGCUCUAAAUUAGAGAAAUGUAAUACAGAUGGUGAUACAUUAGUGAAUGAUUCUUUAGACACACCAACUGAAAUGCCGCAUGCAAAUGCUGUUAUUCCAGAUGUAGCUGAAAGUGACUUAAAAUUGGAGAAUUCUUCAAAAAUUCAAUGUGAAACCACUGUUACACUAAGUGAUGGAAAAGUUAACUUAAAUCCAAACAAUUAUGCUCUCAUAUCUUUUGAGCGUAUGAAUAAUACAUCAGAGAAAGACACUUCAGAAACUUGUACUGCAAUGCAGUGUGAAACUGCUGUAAGUAAUACAGAAAGCAGUUUGGAUGAAAGUAAAAAUACAUCUGUGAAUUUUAAUCCGGAGCAAUUAAAAUCUUCAGAAAAUAUUGCGUACGAAGAGAGUAAGUUAUCUGUAGAAAUAAAGCCGUUGGAGUGUGACAAUGGUUUUUCCAAAAAUAUUGCACAAAAUUCUAGUCUAAGAAGUAAGGAUACAUCUUCAGAACAUGUGAUAAGAAACUAUGUCAACAUUACACUUACGAUAGAUCGGGGUUACAGUUCUGAUGAAGCAAUUCAUGGUGUUAAAACCACGGAUAGUCUUCAAGAAAAUUCUGAGAGCGAUUGUUUAUUGCUUGAUUGUUCUACUUCCCGUGUAGAGAAAAUUUCUCUUGGUGAAUCAAACCACGAAGCAAAAUCCCCUGUAAGUAAAAUUGAAGAAAAGCAUUCAGAGAUAAUUUCAUCCCUGAGUAAAAACUCUCCUGACAGAGAUGAUCAAAAAGAGUGUUCUGAAACAGAAAGGGAUACUGAUAUUCAGAAAGAACAGAAAAGUAAUUGUACUUUAAAAAAAGAUUUACUUUCCCAGCAGGAAAAGGUUCCUCCUUCAAAAACAUUUCAAGCAGAAUGUACAGAUAUGAUUGAUAAUAUUUCUAUUCAGAAGCCAACACUUUGCAGAGAGGAAACAAAUUUUAGUUCUGAAAACUUGGCAGAAAAUUCUGAAACUUUAAAAGUGGUUGAAAUUAAUAAAGAACAUUAUUUGAAAUCGUCCCCUGACGAUGAUGAAAAGGAAAACCUAAGUAACACUAUCUCUGGAAGCGAAGACUCGGGUGAAUUAAAAUCAAAAAAUAUUCAAGAAAUUAAAAGAUCGGAAAUGGAAUAUUCUACAGCUACUUCAAAAGUUUCAGGUGAUGAUGUUGGUAACAUUAGUUCACCUAAAUUUGAUUCCCAAAAUGCAGAAAAUGUAGUGAAAGAAAAAUGUGUUGAUUUUCAAACAUUUUCAAAGGAAACUGAUGUUGAAAUGGAAGCAUGUUUUUCAGCUUCUUAUGUUGAGAAGAGUGUACAAAAAAUUUUUACUGAAGAAACUCCACCAGAAGUUUUAAGUGAAAAUAGUAAUUUGGUUACUGACUCCACCUAUCAGGAUUCCCUUGAUGACAAUUUAACUCCUACCUCAAGCUCUGAAAUUGUGAAAGUAAAUUUAGUUGAAGACAUCACUUUGAAUCAACCUUGUGAGAAAGAAAUUCAAAACGUCUCUUUUGCUAGUCUUGAAAGUUCAGAAAAUGAAGCUGAAAUUGAAAGAAAACUUGUGGAGGAAUCCGAAACUGACUUGUCAAAUAUUGUAAAAGAUGACACAAACCUAUCCGUAAAAGAUGAUACCCUUCCUAGUUUUCUUGAUCCUACAAGUGAUAAUUUAAUUUCUGAUGCUGCAUAUGAAACAAGUGCUGAUAUAAGCCUUGAUACCAAAGAACAAAUUGAACAACAAACUGAUUGUGAAGUUCAAAGCUUAGAAAACACAAACAUUUCUUUAGAAACGGAAUCAUCUCAAUUAGAAUGUUCCCAAAAUAAUGAAAGUGAUGCUGAUGAAAUUAAAAAUGAUAGUAAUGCAGCUGAAGAAAAUGACCUGACAUCACAGCCUAAUGAUAAUGAAUCAACAAUUCAAUUAUUCGAUGUUAGUUUAGACAAAACAAGUGAUUAUGAAUCGAACAAUAUGAAGGGAGAAACGUCACCUGGAAGCUUAGAUACUUGUGAAGUAGGUUCAAAAAGUGACGAAACUUCAAAAGAGAAAUUGAAUGUAACUUCUUUUUCUUGUAUAUCUAACAAAAAUGAUGAUGAAAGUCUAGACAAAAAUGUUAGUCUUCAAACCAACAAUGUUGAGAAAUUGAAUGAAACGGCAGACUCCUCCAUUAAGACUACCAGCGUUCAUGAUGGCAAAAAAGAUUCUUUUACAAAAGAAAUUAAUUCGACAGAAAUAAUUCAAACAGUAAAUAUAUCUUUCGUGCCACCAAACCAAAAAGAAGACUCUAUUGAUGAUUUUUCAGACAAUGGUAAAGAAAAAAUUGAAUCUGGAACAAAAUCUCAGAAUUGCACUGGUUUCGACCAGAAUACAAUAAAAUGCAGCUUGGUGGAUGAGAAUAAUUCUUUAUUUGAUGAAAAUGAAGAAAGAGUUGAAAAGGAUAUAUUAAAGGAAUCGCAUAACUCUUUAGAAACUUCUAGAAAUAAUCUUAAUGUCAUCCCUAUAACAGUAGAAACAUCUACAGAUGUGAACUUUCAGCUUUCUCGUGAUAAUGAUUCUACAUCAGCUGCAGUAUUAAUUGAAAAAGAAAAUGUUUCAAUUGCAGCAUUUGCAGGUAGUGAUGAUAAAAAUGAAAAAGCAAGGUCUGUAAUCGAACACUUCGGAAGUAUUGGAAAUCUUAAUGUCAUCCCUAUACCCAUAGAAACAUCUACAGAUGUGGACUUUCAGCUUUCUCGUGAUAAUGAUUCUACAUCUGCUGCAGUAUUAAUUGAGAAAGGAAAUGUUUCAAUUGGAGCAUUUGCGGGUAGUGAUGAUAAAAAUAAGAAAGAAAGUUCUGUAAUCGAAGCAUUAAUAGAUACUGGUGAUAAAAAUCGAAAAAUACUCGAUGAAGUUUCCGGAGAAUUUGUUGAUAUUGAUUCCCUUUCAAAUAUUGUAUGUUCCUCUAAUGAAAGAAUCAGCAGACCUGUGGAACUACUCUCUAGCAAAGAACCAAUUUCCAACGAAGAUUCAACAAAUCAUAAAAGUGUGAAAAGGAAACAUGAUGAUUCUGAUGGUGAUAUUGUUACAUUAAUGACUAAAAGUGUCAAGUUAGGUAUUGAAAGUGAUAAACCUAAAACUGGAGAGACUGAUAUUGGUGCAGUUGCUCUAAAAUCAGAGCAAUCUCAAUUGAUUUCAAAUAACCCCAGAGUAGAACAUACUAAUGAACUUAGUAACUGUAUUAUGGUUGAUCAAAGUAACAGAAAUAUUGCUGAAUAUAGUACUGUUCAUAAAAAUGCUAGUCCUAAAAAUGUUUUAAGUGAAAAAGAAAUAACUCUUAACUCAGAAUGUGAGCAGAAAAUAGAAACUGAACUGUCACAUAACAAAAGCAACCUAGGAACAAAUGAAUCUACCUCUGACAGUUCUGUUUCCCAGUCUGAAAAAAAUGUACCAAUUGAAAUUAGUGUUGCUAAUCUUUCAGAUUGUAGCAAGCCCGGUUCAAGUAAAUCAACCGGCAAGAGGAAAGCUGCUGAGAGUGAGGAUUCAAAUGAACUAAAGAGGGUUAAAGCUAACACUCCUCCUGUCCGAGAAUAUUUGGACCAAUUUGUUCCUUUUCUUUUAGAAGGAUUGCUAAAAAUAGCCUACAACAGGCCGGAAGAUCCAAUUCAAUAUUUAGCUGAAUGGAUGAUUUUCAACAAAGAUGAAGCUUAUAAACGUAUAAAAGUGGCCAGAUAGUUUAUUCCUAAGUUGUUAUCAUUUGACCUUUUAUUUAAUUUCAUUUUUAUACACUUUCAUUCAUUAAUUUAUCAUCUAGUAAACAAAAAAAAAAAUUAUGUAGAAUCUCCUCCCGUUGUAACUCCAAUGUAUCAUAACUUCUGAAGCUGGUAUAUUGUGGUAGAAUUUAGAUAUAAAUACGGAAUGAAUGUAUGUUUAUAGUUUAGGAAGUGACUCAAAUGUAUAAUACAUUUUUAAACUAAAUAUAUAUUUGCAGUUUUUUUAUUUUUUUUUUUGACAUAUAAUUUAUGAAUGUUAUUUCGUACAUUGUUUUAGUCCAGUGUAUUUUACCAAAUCAUUUUAAUGGCUCUGCAUCUCAUAAUUUAAUGAAAGAGCUAUUGUUCGACUGUUUAUUUAAAUUAUCUGUAUUUGUAAUGACUUUUUGUGUAUUAAAAUUUCUUCUAAUAUCAUCCAGACUGUUCAUAGUCAGUGUAUUAAACAUUUGUUUCAAUACACUCGUAAGAACCCACCAUAUUAAAACGUCAUUUUGAUAAUAAUCAAAUUGACCAGAUACUAUAUUGUGUAUAUACGUUUCUCCGAGAGUUGGACUUAUUGCAAUGCUUCUUCAAAUAUACACUUAUCAAGGGGGUGGCCUCUGAAAAGCAAAUAAGUGUAUAAGCUAGGGGUGGUUGUUAUAGGCAAAACACUAGUAGAUUAUGCUAAGUAUCUGAAAUUAACCUAUGCAGCUUUUAGGACAAAAACGAUUAAAUUUAAACUUUUAAAAUUGUACAAACCUGAAACUAAAAAGUUUUUCUAAGUAUUUAAAAAUUGGAUCUAUAAGAUAUUUAUGUAAUUAUCUAAAUCUGAUUUUCAAAAUUUUAAAAAUAUAUAACUAAAAAAAAUUUUAAGUAUCUAAUUAUUGAUCUAUAAAAUAUUUAGUUUCAAUGUUCUAUGAUAUUGUUUGUAAUUUAGCUUUCAGUUGUCAUUCUGUGUUAUGUUUAGUAUGUUUGCAAAGAAAUAGAGUAAUUUUAAAUGAAUAAAAUUAUAAUAUAAUUGAAAGAUUGAAUUUGACUGUUUUGAAAAUGUUUGUGUACACUUUUUAAAGUUAUAAAAUUGUCCUUGAACUUAGUCAAACAAUUGUACUUGUUAUACUUUCAGUUGGAAAUUUUUUUUGCUUUUUACCCUUUAUUCUUCACUAAUGAUUCAAUAGUGAUAAUGAGUGAGUCUUCAAUAAUGAUUACAGACGUACAUUUUUUGAUAAUAGAAAAUUAUAAAUUUCAAAUAAUCAUGUUGCAUUGGAAAGUUUUUAAAUGUAACUAAUGUUGCCAAAUGAUUUUGCACUGAAACAUAUUGUGUGCACAUACCUUUAUUUUUGAUAUCGAAAAUUAUGACUUUUUUGCUUUGAUAAGAAAUUUUUAACCUUGAUUGACAUUACGUUGGUAAACCUCUUUUAGAAUAGUGGUGAACAGUACUGUUGUACUUGCAUACAUGUACUAAACAUCUGUUUUACAGUCUUAUCAGAUUCUAAGGCUGUUAGUACCGUUUGGAAUCAAGCACCUGGAUAAAUCUUAUUUGGUGGCAAUGUUCCUAUCCAUGUCAGUAUUCUAUUUAUACAAAUAAGUAUGUCUCUAGUAUGCUUUUAUACUGUGUACUUUCAUAUACUAGAACCACCCCUGCAUGUGCAAGGUCUGCUUAGAUUUGAUUAGAAUAAGGGUGAGAUGAGAAAAAAGAUGUGUUGUUUACUUUUCAGUUAACUGUUCUUUUUGCUUCAGUGGAUAUCUGAACUUAUCACCCCUUCUCAGAAUAGAAUCUAUCCCGAGUGCUUGAUUUUACUUAUGAAAAGUAUUUAUCUAUAUAAAUAUAUUUUAGUGAAUUGCUUUUGAGGAUAAGUAAACGAUUCUAAGGAAAUUUUAUUGUAAGGUGGAUACCUUACAAGUCCCCCACUCUAACUGUAGGACCUGUAUUUCUACUUUAAAAGAAAGAAAAAAAAGCACCAACAUCAAACAAAAUAUCCAAAAAUCUAAUUCUUGUUUGUUAGUUCUGAAAAAUGUAGCUAAAGAUUUGAACUUUUAACUAAAAUUUAGAUAAGUAAUGAUUUGUUUAUAUUUAUUAACUAUGUUACUUUGUGAUCCAACUUAUGAAUAUUACUUACCCGAUUUUUUCCUUAAAGGGCCCUUCCUCUUCCGACCAAACUCUUCAAAGGGUGGGGGUAAUUUAAAUAUGUUAAUCCUCUUUAUUUAAUUUUUCACAAAUAAACUGAUGAUGAAUAUUUACUCCAUUUGGCAGUAUUUUUGAUACAUGCGAAAUGAAAGGUCCCCCAACCAACCACAAUUUGAGAUAUAAAGUGUAUGACAUUUUAGAUUCUCUAUUAGUUUUUCUUUAAAGAAAUAUGCCAAUACAAUUCUGCAAUUAAUAGUUUUCGAUAGGUAGUUAAAUAGUAUACAGUUGUCUGUUUUUAAAUUUUUGAAAAGCAUCUUUGUUUUUAUACAAUUAGCGCUAAGAGAAUAUUUUUACCGUCAUCCUUACCGCUUUUUAUCAAUUUAAAUAGUUCUGUUUGCAUUUUAUUUUUUUUAAAAAUAACUUUUGUUUUUAGUUGAUGGGACUUUUUUUCCUUGUUAAUUAAAUAAAACUAAAAAAUUAUUGUUGCAUUUUAUUUGUGGUAAUAAUUUUUCCUACAAGUAAUUUUUCAUAGAAUCAAUAUGAAACUCAUAUCACUCCUAUGUACUCAUGCUAGUUAUCGGGACGGUUCACUAAAAUAACUGAAGUUCAUUAUGAAGCAAUUUAGAGAAAAAUAUAUUAAAUUUAAUUAAAAUAUGUUUUCUUAUAAUUUUAUGAGCAUAUCUCAUUUUCCGUUUGAAUUUUACUUUUGAUAAGACAUGUAUCUGAUCAGUAUAUAAUCUCUAUUAUGCUAGAUUAUUUUGUCAUUUUCAUAUUAAUCUGUAGCUCUUAAUUCUGUAAGUAGAAAAAAAAUGAAAUUUUAUUUAUUUUGUUUACUUUGGCUUUUUCUAAUAUUCAUUUUAUUUUUGAUUUUUUUUUUCUUUUUUUUUUUCAAAAUUUUAUUAUGUAAAGAACUUUUGAUUUCUGCAAUUUUAAUAAAAUUUUUUUUUAAAAUUUAGUAAAACUGUUUUAUUACCAGAAUGCAUGUUACGCAUAAGAACAUUUAUUAAUGCAUAAUCCUACAAUUCAUAAGAACUAGGUGUAGUUCACACUUAUCAACCUUUAAAUAUAUUUGUUUACUAUUUAAUGGUGUCUAUUCUUAAUGACUUUUUAUUAUUGAGACUUAUAUUUAAAAUAACAUGAUAAAAAUGUAAACAAAAGUUGUUGUAUUUUUUCUUUAAAAGAAUUGUGUUUUAGUUAAGCAAGUUUUAUUGCAUCAGGGAAAAGGUAUUCAUUUGAGUACAGGUUAACUUACUAUAAAAUGAAGCAAGUUUUUUUUUUUUUGAGUAAAAAACAUUUCUGUGCGUAACUAGUUAUGAAUAACUAAGACCUCUUAUAAGCAGUAAAAUUUGUAUCUUGUUUAUUAAUUUUUUUCCAUUACACAUAUUUUAUUUAAAAACUAGAAUUUAAAAAAAAAAAAAUUUAAAUAGAUUUCGUUAAAUUUUGUUACAAUAUUUUAUUUUACAAAACAUUAAUUUUGGUUUUUAAUUAUGUUGUAGUAAAUUUUUAAUGUUAUGAAUAAAAUACUACUGUAAAAUAAUUCCAAUACAGUAAUACUGCAGCUUGUUAGUUAUUACAUUAAUGGCAUCAGAGCCUGAUUUAUCAUGAGGCCUGAGCUACUCUUAAAUGUUCCAAAUACUUUUUUGCGUGUUUUUUAUAGAGAAUCUGAAUAAUUUUGAAUAAUUUUAAAAGCAUUUUGAAAAUAAACAACAUGUAAAUUUGGUUUAGUGUAAUGACAAGUGAGGUGCAGUUCUGUGUCUCCAAAUUUCUAAAUCAGGCUCUGAAUGGCAUUUAAGUAGUGUUAAAUAAGAUAUUUAAUUUUUUUUUAAAUAUUUUUUAUAAAAAUGUGAAAAUGGAAAAAAAUUCACUGGCUAAACUAACAAUUGGAAUUUGUGCUUGUUGAAAGUUUUGCCAUUAUUAACCUGUUAUUGUUUUCUGAAAGAAUGGAAAGCCAUUUAUUACAUAUAAAUAUUGUAAAUAAUUUUAGCAUUAAUGUCAAGAAAGAAAAAAAUUACGUAUAUUUUUAUAGAUAAAUUAUGUUUUUGAAAUAUCUAAAUCAAAAGAGUUUAAAAGAUUAAGUGUUAUUUUAACUAUUUUUUUUCUCUUCCUGGUGGCGAUUGAGAUUGACGUUAAUUAUGCAUGAUGUAAUAAUUGUUUAUAAAUAUAUCUAUAAAAUCUACAAGAAAAAAAUAUUUCUUUUUACUCAACCAUGUAGUGUAAAUAUUGGGCAUUGUUUAAAAGUGUGUUUUAUAAAAAGCAGUUUCUUUAAGAUCUUGUGUAUUGGAAAAAAUAUGUUGUUUUUUCCUCCUAAAUACACAAUUUAAAUAUAAUUUAUAACAUUUUAAAUGCAGUGAAUAUAGACCUAUACCCUAAAUCUCUUUAACUCUGAAAUAAUUUAUUCACUUGCAUUAUGAAAAGUAUUAAAAUUGUUCAAAAUGGAAGCUGAUUCUAGUUGCUCUAAGAUUGGUGAUAUUUUGCUUACAGAUUACUUUUUUUUUGUACUAAAAUUUUGAUCAUUGUCCUCAAGCAUGAAAUUAAAAUGCUAUUCUUAAAACUAUUUACAUGGAAUGCAUUUCUUAUCAGUUUACUAUAUCCAAGGCUCAAAUAACUUUUAUUUCACUUUUAACCAUUAUCUCUUAAUUUGCAAUUAGUAAAUUACACUAGAAAAUAUCAUUCAAUCAUUAUUUAUUUUCUAGUUAAUCUCUUACAAAAAUUAAGAAAUUUUAAAUUAUUACAACUAUUAUCUACUUAAUUUUAAAAAAAGAAAUUUUUACAUUAUUGUUAUGAUUAUUUUAAUUAACUUUCUACAUCAAAUUGUAUCUCAAUAAUCAUAAUUUUGUGUAACAUUCAUAUAUUCAAUACUGUAUGUUAUAUUUAUUAUAUGUAAUAAAUACAUUUAAAAUUCAAAAGCUUAUUUUUAGCAUAAUCUUUUCUCAAAAAAAAAUCCCUACAUCCUUUUUUUUUUUUUUAACUUUAAGUCAAUGUCUACAUUUUAAUCUACUUUGAGGAAUGAAAAAUUUGAGCUUAAAGAAUGUGAAUGUAAAUAAUUUCAGCUUUGUUUACUCCUAGAGUGUAAUCAUUGCGUUGUGUACAUAAAUAUGUACAAAAUUACAUUAUUUUUUUGCAAGAGAAAUGAAACUGUUUGUUCAUUUGUUAUUUUAAUGUUGGACUGAAUCAUAAUUGUCUCUUCUGCAACAUUUAAGUAAAGUUUUACACCUUCAAUCUGUCCUCAGAUUUAUUUACAAUAUAAAAGUCUCUGUCAUUUCUCCAAUUGUAUUAAAAAUAUUUUCCAAAAUAUUAAAGUUAUUUCUAAUGAUUAGUUGCAGAGGGGACAACUCAUGUGGUUUUGCUACGAUUCUUAUUUUCAUCGAUGUUGAAAUGUGUAUCUAGCUUGAUUGUAACUUAUGCAUUUUGUUAAAAAAUUUCAUUAUAUUUGAGGUUUCCUCAUUUCAAAAAAUUGUGUUCAAAAAAUAAAUGUGAUAAACUUGU